CCCCCUUCCAUUUCCGUGCCUCGAUUCCCGAUUUGACGGUCUUAGAUCGGUUGGUAAAAGGAGAAAGAAUACAUGAGAAAGCAAGGAUCGAUCACUUCAGAUCGAUCCACGCUUAUGGCCCCUGAAUCGCCUUCGUCCUCCUCCGCUUCCUCUUCCUCUUCCAGCGGCGGUGAGGGCGCCGGAGUGAUGCAGCGGAUGGUGGCGGAGAAUCCGGUGGUGGUGGUGGGGCGGAGGGGAUGCUGCAUGUGCUACGUGGCGAGGCGGCUGCUGCUAGGGCUAGGGGUCAACCCCGCGGUGUGCGAGUUCGAAGAGACGGCGGCGGAAGCGGACCGGGUGGUGGACGUCGAAGUCCCAGGCGGGGAUCUCCGGCGACCGAUGACGCUCCCAGCGGUGUUCGUGGGCGGAAGACUUCUGGGUGGGCUCGAUCGCCUCGUCGCUGUCCACAUCACCGGCGAGCUCGUGCCCAUCUUGAAGGAGGCCGGCGCUCUUUGGCUGUAAUGACCAUUUCGCCCCUCUUGGAUAUUUAUAUAAAAAAUAAAAUUCCGAAUUACAAUUCAA